UUGAUAAUAUUGGAUAUAUAGAUCCAAAUUUAUUCUUGAAUUCAGAAUAUGUUAAAGAUAAAUCCAUAGAUAUAUAUAGCUUAGGAAGUCUUUUAUGGGAAAUCAUGAGUGAAAGAAUACCCUAUUCAAAUGAUCAAAAUGAGAACAUAUUACAAUUGAUUAAUAGGAUUAGAGAAGAUUAUCGAGAAAAAUCAGAAAAUGAUAUUCCUGAUAUUUAUAAAGAUCUUUAUGAAGAAUGUUGGAAUGGAGAUAGUUCAAAGAGGCCAUCAAUUAAUGAAGUUUAUGAUAGGCUUUUAAAUAUUAAAUAAUAUAAUUAAUAAAUACUUUUCACAAUAAAUUAUCUAAA